AUGGCGACAGCAGAACAGGAAGUCAAACUCCAAAACUUCGAUAGCAUCUUCUCUCUUGAGGGGAAGGUUGCAGUCGUCACUGGCGGGUCUCGAGGUUUGGGAUUACAUUCCGCGAGCGGUCUCCUCCAAGCCGGCUGCUCUAAAGUAUACAUCACCUCGCGCAAAGCCAAAGCCUGCGAUGAAGCCGUCGCCGCUCUGAACGCCUUACCCAACAAGCGCCCAGGUGCUCGCGCCAUCUCGAUCCCAGCAGACAGCUCCAAAUUGUCCGAAAUCGAGCGGCUGGUCGCAGAAGUCAAGAAAACCACGGACCAUGUCGAUAUCCUAUUUGCCAACGCAGGAGCAACCUGGGGAGAGAAAUUUGACACACAUCCUGAGCCAGCUUUCCAGAAAGUCAUGGAUCUAAAUGUCAAGAGCAUCUUCUACACUGUUCAAAAAUUUGCCCCUCUCCUCGAAGCCCGUGGCACCGUCGAAGAUCCAUCCCGUGUCCUCAUAACCGCUUCCGUUGCCGGAAUAAUGGUCGGGAACAUGGGCAACAACGCAACCUUCAGUUACUCUGUUUCCAAGGCCGCCGCCAUCCACCUGGCCAAAAACCUUGCCGUUGCGCUUGGGCCGCGCCAUAUCAUCACCAACGCCAUCGCGCCAGGAUUCUACCCAUCGAAAAUGGCGAAUGAGCUGAUGAAGAUCCAGGGGGGAGUGAAAAAGCUGUCAGAACACAACCCUAACAAAAGACUAGGCGAGCCAGAAGAUAUUGCUGGUCUGGUAGUCUUUUUGUCAAGUCGAGCUGCUGGCCAUAUCAACGGAGCUUGCAUUACGACUGAUGGUGGUGCUCAUUUGAAGGGGCGGAUGUAA